CUGUUGGCUGCGAGAGCUCCCUCUCGGAACCCAGGUCUGGAGUUCGAAAGUUGGUAGAGAGAGAGAGAUGAGAGAGAGAUUUCCCGUAUGUUGUGAGGUAUUUCAAAAUACCUCUGUUUUGCUCAAUUUUUUUCCAAGAUCUUCAAAAAGAGGAAGUUUCUGGAGCAUACAGAAGAAGUUCAAUGCUGUGUUUCCGAGUUGAAGACAUUGGUGCCUGCCUUUUUCUUACUAUUUUUCGUUUCGAUAAUGAUAUGGCGAGGCUGGACCUGGUGAUCCUUGAUUCGCCACGUGCCACCAUCGCUAACUCGGCCCGUUCUCGGUGAAAACAUCGUUUUCUUUAUGUUCCUCUUAGCAAGCCCCGCGUUAGAACCAGGUUUGUUUCUUGGAAGAGACAGAGUCAGAACAGCAGAAUGAAUCCCACAUCCCUGAUACCCACCUCCAAAUUCCCCUUGAACACCCCAAGAAUCCACUCCAAAGCCCAAGUUUCCUCUCCACCAACCGCACCAAUCUCCCUACUAAGAACCACCGGACUUCAAGAACCGCCCAAGAACCUCAAAGCGGAGACCGCCAACAAUGACUUCCCAACCAUGACUGACAUAAUUAGUGCCUCAACAGCCCAGAACCUUGACAUUGAGCUGAAAACGCUGGGACCCUUUUUCAGAAUCACGGCCAGGAGCUUGGACGCCCGGACAGAGCUUGGGAGGGCGGAAGGUUUGAUCCGGGUCUGGACAGGAGGGAAGAUUCUGCACCUGGAUUCCAUCAGGUUGAGGAGAGAGACGCUGGGGAUGGAGAGGUCCAUAUUUGGGAUAGGGCUGUUCAUUGGAGCUGUGGCCAUAAGGCAUGGGUACGAGUGUGGUUGCGGGAGGGCUGAGUUGCUGGCCAUCAAUGACUCGGAUCUUUACCAUUCCAAGGUUUUACACGAGAAUCGGGUUCAAGGCGGUGCACGAGGUGACGGGAUCGACAAUGGGUGACAUUGCUCACAUGUUGGUAUGGGGAGGAGUUGGGACCAGGAUGAAUGCCAACAUUGAGGACCUCCUAAUCAAAUGGUGUACUCGUUUCAAGUCCCAGAAAUGAUUCUUUCAACUUCUCUGCCUCCGCAAUCUCACUAAAGCAAACCCAAAAACAAUGAUCAAAGAA